ACUGAGUUCAAGGCCCACAGGGAUGUGAAGCCAGUGAAGCUGAUCCGAGCCAAGUCCCAGUUCCUUCCCCAUGAUGAGAAGACCAGCCUGGAGACCAGCUAUAGCGCCACCUACAGGGGAGAGCAGGCCAAGCAGCAGCCCAACGACAACAAGGUUGUGGACAGGAGGAGGAUACGCAGCCUGUACAAUGAGCCCUACAAAGGGCUACAAGAGACCAAGGUGAGAAUGUUUAAGCUCCUUUAAACCAUGUCCUAUUGACUACACCAAUGGUACAGCCAUAAUGCAGCCCUAGUAAAAAUAAUCCUAUAGGAUACCCAAAAAUAGGAGUCCAAUAGGAGUGCUUCCAUAUCGGUCAUACUGCAAAUGAACUUGCAGCCUUGAAUCCCUCCCAUAUUGUGAUGGUGUGUUGAAGAGGUUGAGAAGCUCAGGGAAUUUUCACUGGUGUGAAUAGGCAAAGAUAUGGAGAUUGUGCUCCAGAGACACGGGAGAUAGACUGUUCCUCAGUUUACUGGUCUUUAAUCUUGAUUGCAGGUUAACAUAAAUGUUCAGGUUUCUGUGCCAUAUUUAGCUGUGAGAGUUACAUUUUAGUAGACACUCUUUUCAUCUAGUCGUCUCGGGGAUUCGAACCAGCGACCUUUCGGUUACUGCCACCCAUAUUGUCCAAUAAAGCUGUACUUUACUACUAAUUGUAGUGUCCUUAUAAUGUGGUUUGAAAAAACAAUGAAUAGAAUAAUAUCAAUAUUAUGGCUUGACAGGUUAUAAUAAUUAGGCAGUGCGAAUGAACAGGCUGCUGCACAGUCACUAUGGGAGCUCUUUCUAGAGCGGCUGGUUAAAUCGUGCAGAAGAGCAUUUUUUUACUCUGUAAAUGGUUAAACUAGUGAGAAAUAUAUGUGUACACUAUCAGCCUAAAUUGAAAUGUUGAUUUAUUUUUAUAUACUCAAUUAUUUUAUAAUAAUAAUAAUAAUAAUAUUGUGCUAAUUUCCUGUACGUGGACAGUAUGUGUUAGUUACUACAUUACACAACCUCACGUUUUGACCACAUCGAAUUGAGGGUAAUUGGACAUAUUUUUUACCUCACAUUAGUGAUGUUAGUAUAAACAUUCAUAGUAAUCACAAUAACGCGAAAUCAAUUGUUUAAAAUAGAUCAAUAUCAUUAGUUUUGUAUUGUUGAUUUUGUCAUACGCGCUGGCGGGGCGCUCUCUGUAUAAAAGUCGCUGGCCUCAUAUGUAUACAUGGAUUUGAGAGUCAAACUGUCACUCAAAUAAGAGCCAACCAUUGUCACUGUUGAUAUCCUAUGGCGGGUUGUGAUUCGUUGAAGUUAAAUAACAAAGCAACUGAUUUGUUUCCUUACCCUGUUUCGGCAGCCUCCCAAAACGUCCAUCCGACAUUCUAGAAUUUAGAUGACUAGUCUUCAGCAAAUUCUCUUCUAACCAGUGAUAUGAAAAUUAUUCUCAGAUUCAGUGUGGCCUUUGACUAGUGUUAGUUUAAACAGUGCAUACACACCAAACAUUUUCCCCCACUCUAUUGAUUUCAAAUUGAUAUGAGUGUUUAACAAUGCAGUGUUGCGUUUACCUUUCCGCAUUAGUGACCCACUUGAAACAAAAUACAACAAUCCAAACUGUAGCUUGAUGUCUUCUACAUGUUGUCCUUUAAUGAGUGAUAUACAUAUUAUUCCCAUAUUCCAUGUAGUUUUUUUUGUACAUUUACCCCUUUUUUCUCCCCAAUUUCGUGAUAUCCAAUUUGGUAGUUACAGUCUUGUCCCAUCGCUGCAACUCCCCUACGGACUCGGGAGAUGCGAAAGUCGAGAGCCAUGCAUCCUCCGAAACACGACCCUGCCAAGCCGCACUGCUUCUUGACACACUGCUCCCUUAACCCGGAAGCCAGCCGCACCAAUGUGUCAGAGGAAACACUGUCCAGCUGGUGACCGCAAGUCAGCUUGCAGGCGCCCGGCCUGCCACAAGGAGUCGCUAGAGCGCGAUGGGACAAGGACAUCCCGGCCGGCCAAACCCUCCCCUAACCCGGACGAUGCUGGGCCAACUGUGCGCUGCCUCAUGGGUCUCCUGGUCACGGUCGGCUGUGACACAGCCUGAGAUCGAACCCGGGUCUGUAGUGACGCCUCAAGCACUGCAAUGCAGUGCCUUAGACUGCUGCUCCACUCGGGAGGCCGUGCCUUGUUGUUUUUUUAGUAAGGUUAGUUUGAAGAGGACACGUAACCCGACUCCCCACUCUCAACGUGAUAUCAAUGAGUGAUUGACAAAUAAGUGUUGCAUUUCUCUUUCCGUUUUGGCGACCCCCAAAAAUCGAAAUGCAUCACUCCAAAAUGUAGCUGGUUGUCUUCAGCAGGUGGUCCUCUAACGAGUGAUGCAAACAAUAUUUCCAGUUUCCAUGUGGUUUUUUGAGUUGUGUUAGUUUCAACAGCACAUACAGUGGGGAGAACAAGUAUUUGAUACACUGCCGAUUUUGCAGGUUUUCCUACUUACAAAGCAUGGAGGUCUGUAAUUUUUAUCACAGGUACACUUCAACUGUGAGAGACGGAAUCUAAAACAAAAAUCCAGAAAAUCACAUUGUAUGAUUUUUAAGUAAUUAAUUUGCAUUUUAUUGCAUGACAUAAGUAUUUGAUCACCUACCAACCAGUAAGAAUUCCGGCUCUCACAGACCUGUUAGUUUUUCUUUAAGAAGCCCUCCUGUUCUCCACUCAUUACCUGUAUUAACUGCACCUGUUUGAACUCGUUACCUGUAUAAAAGACACCUGUCCACACACUCAAUCAAACAGACUCCAACCUCUCCACAAUGGCCAAGACCAGAGAGCUGUGUAAGGACAUCAGGGAUAAAAUUGUAGACCUGCACAAGGUUCUGAUGGGCUACAGGACAAUAGGCAAGCAGCUUGGUGAGAAGGCAACAACUGUUGGCGCAAUUAUUAGAAAAUUGAAGAAGUUCAAGAUGACGGUCAAUCACACUCGGUCUGGGGCUCCAUGGAAGAUCUCACCUCGUGGGGCAUCAAUGAUCCUGAGGAAGGUGAGGGAUCAGCCCAGAACUACACGGCAGGACCUGGUCAAUGACCUGAAGAGAGCUGGGACCACAGUCUCAAAGAAAACCAUUAGUAACACACUACGCCGUCAUGGAUUAAAAUCCUGCAGCGCACGCAAGGUCCCCCUGCUCAAGCCAGCGCAUGUCCAGGCCCGUCUGAAGUUUGCCAAUGACCAUCUGGAUGAUCCAGAGGAGGAAUGGGAGAAGGUCAUGUGGUCUGAUGAGACAAAUAUAGCUUUUUGGUCUAAACUCCACUCGCCGUGUUUGGAGGAAGAAGGAUGAGUACAACCCCAAUAACACCAUCCUAACUGUGAAGCAUGGAGGUGGAAACAUUCUUUGGGGAUGCUUUUCUGCAAAGGGGACAGGACGACUGCACCGUAUUGAGGGGAGGAUGGAUGGGGCCAUGUAUCACGAGAUCUUGGCCAACAACCUCCUUCCCUCAGUAAGAGCAUUGAAGAUGGGUCGUGGCUGGGUCUUCCAGCAUGACUAUGACCCGAAACACACAGCCAGGGCAACUAAGGAGUGGCUCCGUAAGAAGCAUCUCAAGGUCCUGGAGUGGCCUAGCCAGUCUCCAGACCUGAACCCAAUAGAAACAUCUUUGGAGGGAGCUGAAAGUCCGUAUUGCCCAGCGACAGCCCCGAAACCUGAAGGAUCUGGAGAAGGUCUGUAUGGAGGAGUGGGCCAAAAUCCCUGCUGCAGUGUGUGCAAACCUGGUCAAGACCUACAGGAAACAUAUGAUCUCUGUAAUUGCAAACAAAGGUUUCUGUACCAGAUAUUAAGUUCUGCUUUUCUGAUGUAUCAAAUACUUAUGUCAUGCAAUAAAAUGCAAAUUAAUUACUUAAAAAUCAUACAAUGUGAUUUUCUGGAUUUUUUGUUUUAGAUUCCGUCUCUCACAGUUGAAGUGUACCUGUGAUAAAAAUUACAGACCUCCAUGCUUUGUAAGUAGGAAAACCUGCAAAAUCGGCAGUGUAUCAAAUACUUGUUCUCCCCACUGUACAACCUGAUUUCUCCCCUAAUCAAUAUGAGUGAUCAAUUGCCACUUGUCAAAACAGGGUUUUUGGUGCAUAUGCAGUUUAUAAGGUGCUCGUAAAAUAAAAUACAAGCAAUAUGAUCACUAUUUUGGCACAUGUAUGUGUAGGUAGUACAUUUUAUGUUUCGGUUUUCAAUAUAUCACAAACUGUUUAUUGAUUUGGACACUUCAAAACAGUGUUUUGACAUUGGGCUAUUUAUCAAAAGUUAUUGUCAAUGGGAAGCAGCAACAGCAUCAUUUUCAACGUAUGUUUUAGGAAUAUAAAUGGAAGUUUCAAAAUAAAUUUCAAUAGUAUUAUACUUAAUGAGGUAAAAACUACUGAGUGAGUCCAAAAACGUGAUGUGAUUGAUAUAUUUUGAUGAUCUACCAGAAAACAUGAAAACGGAGUUGACUUGCCUAUAAUAAAAGGCACAUACACUACCGGUCAAACGUUUUAGAACACCUACUCAUUCAAGGGUUUCUUUAUUUGUACUAUUUUCUACAUUGUAGAAUAAUAGUGAAGACAUCAAAGCUAUGAAAUAACACAUAUGGAAUCAUGUAGUAACCAGAAAAAGUGUUAAACAAAUUAAAAAAUAUGUUUGAGAUUCUUCAAAUAGCCACCCUUUGCCUUGAUGACAGCUUUGCACACUCUUGGCAUUCUCUCAACCAGCUUCACCUGGAAUGCUUUUCCAUCAGUCAAAGGAGUUCCCACAUAUGCUGAGCACUUGUUGGCUGCUUUUCCUUCACUCUGCGGUCCGACUCAUCUCAAACCAUCUCAAUUUGGUUGAGGUCGGGGGAUUGUGGAGGAAAGGUAAUCUGAUGCAGCACUCCAUUACUCUCCUUCUUGGUAAAAUAGCCCUUACACAGCCUGGAGGUGUGUUGGGUCAUUGUCCUGUUGAAAAACAGAUGAUAGUCCCACUAAGCCCAAACCAGAUGGGAUGGCGUAUCGCUGCAGAAUGCUGUGGUAGCCAUGCUGGUUAAGUGUGCCUUGAAUUCUAAUUAAAAUCACAGACAAUGUUACCAGCAAAGCACCCCCACACCAUAACACCUCCUCCUCCAUGCUUUAUGGUGGGAAAUACACAUGCGGAGAUCAUCCGUUCACUCACACCGCGUCUCACAAAGACACGGCAGUUGGAACCAAAAAUCUCCAAUUUGGACUCCAGACCAAAGGACAAAUUUCCACCAGUCUAAUGUCCAUUGCUCGUGUUCUUGGUCCAAGCAAGUCUUCUUCUUUUGGUGUCCUUUAGUAAUGGUUUCUUUGCAGCAAUUCGACCAUGAAGGCCUGAUUCACACAGUCUCCUCUGAACAGUUGAUGUUGAGAUGUGUCUGUUACUUGAACUCUGUGAAGCAUUUAUUUGUGCUGCAAUUUCUGAGACUGGUAACUCUAAUGAACUUAUCCUCUGCAGCAGAGGUAACUCUGGGUCUUCCAUUCCUGUGGCGGUCCUCAUGAGAGCCAGUUUCAUCAUAGCGCUUGAUGGUUUUUGUGACUGCACUUGAAGAAAUUUUCAAAGUUCUUGAAAUGUUCCGUAUUGACUGACCUUCAUGCCUUAAAGUAAUGAUGGACUGUCGUUUCUCUUUGCUUAUUUGAGCUGUUCUUGCCAUAAUAUGGACUUGGUAUUUUACCAAGUAGGGCUAUCUUCUGUAUACCCCACCACCUUGUCACAACACAACUGAUAGGCUGAAACGCAUUAAGAAGGAAAGAAAUUCCACAAAUGAACAUUUAACAAGGCACACCUGUUCAUUCCAGGUGACUACCUCAUGAAGUUGUUGAGAGAAUGCCAAGAGUGUGCGAAGCUGUCAUCAAGGCAAAGGGUGGCUAUUUGAAAUAUUUUGAUUAGUUUUUUUGGUUACUACAUGAUUCCAUGUGUUAUUUCAUAGUUUUGAUGUCUUCACUAUUAUUCUACAAUGUAGAAAAUAGUAAAAAUAAAGAAAAACCCUUGAAUGAGUAGGUGUUCUAAAACUUUUGACCAGUAGUGUAUAUUUAGCAAUAACAAACAAGAAAAAACAUUUCUCAUCUGCUAUAAAACAAUACAGUGACUCAAAAACAACAUACAAAUGGCUACAACAAAGCUAUCUAGCUAGCUAGUCAGUUGACAGGCAAAAUGUGGCUAACAGUAGUUUCUUAGCUAGCAAGAAACAAGUGCAUAAAAUACUAUACAAUGACGAAAAUAUUACUAAAACAUUGACAACUUCACCAGGAAACAUAAGGAAACAAAUACUGUACUCACAGAUCUUGCAUUCACGCACAGUGAAGGAUAAAACAGAUAGAAUAAUAGUGAUAGAAAACCAGAGAUUCUCUGCACAGCCACAGGUGGCGAGCUGAACUUGGGAGUUAGGCUAAUUAACACUGGGAGCUCGUUAUAGCUGUGCUGUCAUCAGUCAGUCUUAAAGGGACAGGCUUUCUUACAGGUGAAUAAAACAGAAAUGAAUAUAGAACUGUUGUUUCCGAUCAACAUUUUUUGUUUUGUUAUUAAAGUUGUUGUAUUCUACUGGAACACAUUUUUUAUUUAUUUUUAUUUAACCUUUAUUUAACCAGGUAAGCCAGUUGAGAUCAAGUUCUCAUUUACAACUGCGACCUGGCCAAGGUAAAGCAAAGCAGUGCGAUAAAAACAACAACAACACAGAGUUAAAUAUGGGAUAAACAAAACGUACAGUCAAUAACACAAUAGAAAAUCUAUAUACAGUGUGUGCAAAUGUAGUAAAUUAUGGAGGUAAGGCAAUAAAUAAAUAGGCCAUAGUGCAAAAUAAUUACAAUUUAGUAUUAACACUGGAAUGAUAGAUGUGCAGAAGAUGAUGUGCAAAUAGAGAUACUGGGGUGCAAAUGAGCAAAAUAAAUAACAAUAUGGGGAUGAGGUAGUUGGGUGGGCUAAUUACAGAUGGGCUGUGUACAGAUGCAGUGAUUGGUAAGCUGCUCUGACAACUGAUGCUUAAAGUUAGUGAGGGAGAUAAGAGUCUCCAGCUUCAGAGAUUUUUGCAGUUCGUUCCAGUCAUUGGCAGCAGAGAACUGGAAGGAAUGGCGACCAAAGGAGGUGUUGGCUUUGGAGAUGACCAGUGAGAUAUACCUGCUGGAGCGCAUACUACGGGUGGGUGUUGCUAUGGUGACCAAUGAGCUAAGAUAAGGCGGGGAUUUGCCUAGCAGUGAUUUAUAGAUGACCUGGAGCCAGUGGGUUUGGCGACGAAUAUGUAGUGAGGGCCAGCCAACGAGAGCGUACAGGUCACAAUGGUGGGUAGUAUAUGGGGCUUUGGUGACAAAACGGAUGGCACUGUGAUAGACUACAUCCAAUUUGCUGAGUAGAGUGUUGGAGGCUAUUUUGUAAAUGACAUCGCCGAAGUCAAGGAUCGGUAGGAUAGUCAGUUUGACAACAAACUAUAAUUUAAUGGGUUCAAUUAAGAAAAAAAGUUCUAAUAGUAUUCGGAUUGGGGUGACAAAAUCAUCAAGGCUUAUCAAAAACCUAUAGGAUCCAAUCUGAUUACUUUGAUUUCCAAUAAGAAAAAAAGUAGUCCAAUAGGAUUCCAAUAGGAUUCUGAUAGGAUUGUGAGAAUCAAAUACGGUCCAAUAGGAAAAAAUAGUCCAAUAUAAUUCCAAUAGGAUUCUGAAACAGGUGACACAAAAUCCUAUAGGACUGUGAGAAUCUUAUUGGAUCCAAUAUGAUUACUUUUUAUUUCCAAUAGGAAAAAAGUAGUCCAAUAGGAUUCUGAUAGAGGUGACACAAAAUCCCAUAGGAUUGUGAGAAUCCUCUAGGAUUCUAUUGGAAAAAUCACUAAUCCUAUAGGAUUUUUUGACUAGGGAGAUCAUCUCCUAUUCAGAACCACAGCCUCCUAGAGUUCAUUUUCAAACCCACAGUCCUUGUGAAUGACAGAAUAUUUCUCCUGCUGUUCUGUUUACUGUGUAUGUUGUGAUGGCAAAACACAUCUAAUAGUCAUAAUGAAACAAACACAGUAUCAGACCAAGGACAGUUGCAGCUUUUUUCACAGAAAUUGACUCCUGUUGCUAAUGUCUUGGAUGAUAGAAUAUUUAAAGAAUCCCCAUCUUCCCCCAUCACCUGUGCCUAGGUUGAGAGGUCUAACAGUGCUCCCCGAUCCAAACCCAAAAAGGCGGGCACCAGGUUAGCGAGCCAGGGGGGAAAAUCUGUGAAGAAGGCUGAAGAGCAGAAGCAGCAGGGCAGCACAGCACUGCAGGGCACAAAGAAGAAGACCUCGGAGAACCAGCCCACUGAUUCCAGGCCUGCGGAGGGGGACAAGGAGAAAAGUAAAGAGAUGAACAACAAACUGGCUGAGGCAAAAGAGUAAAAAUAAUUUAGCACUACUUCUACCUUGUAUUCUUCUUUGAGGGAAAGAACACGAAGGCUGCAAAAUUAAUUAGAGGUUCUCAUCCCCUUUUAUGUUUUGUCUCUCUUUUCUCUCUCUCUCUCUCUCUCUCUCUCUCUCUCUCUCUCUCUCUCUCUCUCCUCUCUCUCUCUCUCUCUCUCUCUCUCUCUCUCUCUUCUCUCUCUCGACUAUCUAUCUAUCAUCUCGCUCUCUCUCUCUCUCGCUCCUCUCUUUAUAUUAUAUAUAUAUAUAUACUUUCUCUGCUCUCUCUCUCUUUCACUCUCUUCUCUCUGCCUCUUGGCUGUUAGUAGUAGUUACAGUAAAUGUCACGGUUGGGACAUGACAUGUCGUUUCUUCCUUGCCUCACAUUACAUUAGAUCACCGUAGUAAUGAGGGGAUGUGUGCAUCCGCUUCCUCUACUUCCCGAUGCCACCGACCACCCCCCUCUCUCCGUCUCCAUCUCAAGGUUGCCAUGGCUACCAAUGAACGGCGUGUGCUAUUGUUGCAUGAGCUCACCGACUAGCAAUCCUGUGUGGUUGGCUUCCAUCUUCCAACUGAACAGAUUGCUUUGUUGAGUUUAUCAAGGAUUUUUGGGAAAGAGAAUACCAUGUAAAUUGGCUCACUGAAUGGACUUGAUAUUUAUAGCAGUAACUUGCUAAAUUUAUCCAAAGAUAGACACUCAUCUAGAAAAAUGGUCUGAAAAUCUUUGAUAAAUGUGCAGCUUGGGUUUUUCUAGAGUGUAUCGAUCCAUGGCUGAGUUUGUGCCUGUUCUGUAGGUCCUGAAUGCUGUCUUCCUGUGCACACGGCCUCCAAGUCUGUCUGUAAUCAGAUUGCCAUUACUAAGAUGCUUUGUUAAACUUUGCCAUCAUUCUUGAAUGCAAUCUUAUUUUUUAAACCUAAUAACUGUUGAUUGUGGAUGAUGUGAGAAUGGUUUUCAACAAAGAAUUGUCAGGAUAACUUUUAAAACCUCAUACCGUCUCAUUCAAAUUGUUCUCUCUAUUCGCAGGAAAAUUUGUUCAUCAAGUUAUUUUAAAGGUCAGACAAGGCUUGUUUCAUCAACCUUGUUGCCAAACUAGGAGCCAUCUGGGUUACUGUAACAUGAUUAUGCAUUACUAGAGCAGUCAUUUGCACAGCAGAUGAGAAUUUCCACUGAAUUAAAUGUUACUAUUAUGCAAUUAUAAUUACAUUAGCCAUUUGAAUAACUACAUUACAUGUCACUGAGUCACGAUAGGAAAUUGAUAUUGUGGCUCUGUGGUCUUUAGCUAUGCUUACACCCAGGCCAUGCAGACUCUAUGUAGAUAUAGCUCAGUGGAGUGGCAGGAUCGCUUUUUAAUCCUACAUAGAGCAGCCUAACCUAUAACCUCACAUGCCCCCGCCUACAGCCCCUCCCUGCCUCUCAGACACACACACACACACACACACACACACACACACACACACACACACACAACACACGCACACACACACACACACACACACACAGUCAUGGUUGACUGUAACCAACGUGAUUAGGCCCCCAUGGAACUAGCAGAUGGGAUCCCAGCAACGCUAUUCACAUCCCAGAGGUCUAAAGAGGUGUCUGGCUGGAUGUGAUAUUAGUCCACACUAGUAGGAGCAGAUUCAUGGUUUUAUAAUUAUACGUCAUAUAUUAUGUUUUAUUUAUUCAUCUAUUUAUUUGGGUAUAAAACACUGAAUACCACCUCUGCUAAUACCUCUCUUUAUUGAAUAAUAAUGAGUCUGUGAUGUGAUGAUAAGUUUAAUUCUGGUAGUUUGGAAUGCUUAUUUUUCUCAAAUUAUUAUCUGUAUGUGUCUGUCUAACACAGGCCUCAGACAACUGGCCUCUUCCCUGAACCAGGUGUGUGUUUAAGUGUGUGGAUUUGAUUAGGUUGGCAAGUUUAUGUGUAGAUGUCAAGAUUAUAUUCAACGCAUUCAACUUCAAAUCAAUCUCUCUCUGCUGCCUUCCAUGGCAAUCUAAAUAUUGUAGGCAUAACAAUGUAGAACAACUUGAUAUUUGUCCCCUGUGAUUUCAUUGAAUUAGGACAAGCAGCGAAACUCAAUUCUAUAUUUGGUUUACAUUUGUAUCAUACUUCUGCAAAUGUUUGCAGUUUCUUGAAUGGGAUAUAAUGAGUGAGCAAGGAAAAUUAUCUGUAUUACAAACGAAAACCUAAUUAUGUCAAAAAUAAUCAAGUUAGACUAGUCCCCUUUGUAUUGGCUGUAUAGUGCCAGUAGUGCUAUAUUUGCUGUAAGUAAUAGUAUGUCUUAGCAGACAGUAGUAAAGACCAGAACAGCAUCUCAAACUCCUGGGAUGGGAUAGGCCUCAAUAGAGCAGUGCAUUGUGCAGGACUUGUCUUGUCAUGGGCCAACCCCCACACUCCCCACACUCCCCACACUCCCCAGUCUCUUUCUUGUGCUGUUGUCAUCUGUUGUGCUAGUCAGUGUCCCCUGACUCCCUCCCUCCCCUCAGUUUUGAGUACUGGAGUGUCUUGUCUCUCCAUUUGCCAUGGUGGUGUCUUGGUUAGUAAAUCACAAUGAAUCACCACACCGUAUUCCACUCAGACUGAGCAUGCGCCCAGGGAGCGGAGGGCGAGGGCCAUCUUAUUAGCAUUUUGCAGCCUUUGGUUGGGGAAGAGGGGAUGCUUUCUCUCGUAACACAUGAAGGGGGGGUCGGGGGGUCGGGGUCGUACAUGUAAAGUGCUGACACACAACACAUCGAUUUUGAAUCCAAGCAUUAGAAACAAACAAAAAAUAUAAAGUAAUAAUGGUACAAAGAAGUUAUGUAUUGGGCCAAAAAAAUAUACUGUGACGUGCUUGUGUUUCUCUCUGCUUGCUCCUAUUUACUGAAAUAUGAAUAAAUGCAAAAGCGGAAAAAGCAGUGUCCUCUUGGUUCUUUGUGUUGAAACGUAUGGAGUAGGGUGAAAAAACAGUGGUUGCAGGUAUUUGUUUAAAUGUUUUUGUGUCUUUGUCUUUGUGAGACAUGAGAUGACUUUUAGAGCGUGAAUCCACAUGGAAGAGAAUUUUGCCUUCAGAUUUUCUUUAGCGCUUAUCAAAGCUCAUCAAAGACAUUCUGGCGUGAGUUCUGACAUCCUUUCAAGAGCUUGAAUAUUGCUGCUACAGUAUAUUAGAGCUGAGGAAUAUAUUAUUUUGCAUCAUGUGUCCCAAUAUAUUCCAAGACCUCGCCUUGAUUAUACAGCAAUGUGCAAGUCAAGGAUGGGUAGAACAUUAUUACAGAAUUAGAUACACUGGGCCAACAAACUGUACAAAUGUACACAAUGUAAUGAUUUAUGAAAUGUCUUUUUUUGGCUGUGAGAAUGUGAGACAUUUGGAUAUAUUUUCUGAAACCAUUUGAAUCAUGUAAUUACUAUAUUUUUCAGCUUUAUCUGGUAUCGUGAUUAGCUUUUUGAGGAUGUGAAAUCCUACAUCUAGAAAACCUAAUGAGUGACAUUCUGAUUCAUUUGAAGGGUUGUGCUAAAACAGUACCACUACAUACAGCUCUGUCAGCCAAUCCGUGAUACAGGCUGGGUGCAGACGCUAAAGCAACACCUGUGGGGCUGUACACUACCCAUUCCAAGGUAACCUAAAAACACACCCAGCCGCCACAAGCCACAAAUCUCUCAUUAUCAUUUGUACAGUGAGGAAAAAAAGUAUUUGAUCCCCUGCUGAUUUUGUACGUUUGCCCACUGACAAAGACAUGAUCAGUCUAAAAUUUUAAUGGUAGGUUUAUUUGAACAGUGAGAGACAGAAUAACAACAAAAAACAUCCGGAAAAAAAUGCAUGUCAAAAAUGUUAUGAAUUGAUUUGAUUUUUAAUGAGGGAAAUAAGUAUUUGACCCCUCUGCAAAACAUGACUUAGUACUUGGUGGCAAAACCCUUGUUGGCAAUCACAGAGGUCAGACGUUUCUUGUAGUUGGCCACCAGGUUUACACACAUCUCAGGAGGGAUUUUGUCCCAUUCCUCUUUGCAGAUCUUCUCCAAGUCAUUAAGGUUUCGAGCCUGACGUUUGGCAACUCUAACCUUCAGCUCCCUCCACAGAUUUUCUAUGGGAUUAAGGUCUGGAGACUGGCUAGACCACUCCAGGACCUUAAUGUGCUUCUUCUUGAGCCACUCCUUUGUUGCCUUGGCCGUGUGUUUUGGGUCAUUGUCAUGCUGGAAUACCCAUCCACGACCCAUUUUCAAUGCCUGGCUGAGGGAAGGAGGUUCUCACCCAAGAUUUGACGGUACAUGGCCCCGUCCAUCGUCCCUUUGAUGCGGUGAAGUUGUCCUGUCCCCUUAGCAGAAAAACACCCCCAAAGCAUAAUGUUUCCACCUCCAUGGUUGAUGGUGGGGAUGGUAUUCUUGGGGUCAUAGGCAGCAUUCCUCCUCCUCCAAACACGGCGAAUUGAGUUGAUGCCAAAGAGCUCAAUUUUGGUCUCAUCUGACCACAACACUUUCACCCAGUUCUCCUCUGAAUCAUUCAGAUGUUCAUUGGUAGACUUCAGACGGGCCUGUAUAUGUGCUUUCUUGAGCAGGGGGACCAUGCGGGCGCUGCAGGAUUUCAGUCCUUCACGGCGUAGUGUGUUACCAAUUGUUUUCUUGGUGACUAUGGUCCCAGCUGCCUUGAGAUCAUUGACAAGAUCCUCCCGUGUAGUUCUGGGCUGAUUCCUCACCGUUCUCAUGAUCAUUGCAACUCCACGAGGUGAGAUCUUGCAUGGAGCCCCAGGCCGAGGGAGAUUGACAGUUAUUUUGUGUUUCUUCCAUUUGCGAAUAAUCGCACCAACUGUUGUCACCUUCUCACCAAGCUGCUUGGCGAUGGUCUUGUAGCCCAUUCCAGCCUUGUGUAGGUCUACAAUCUUGUCCCUGACAUCUUUGGAGAGCUCUUUGGUCUUGGCCAGAGUUUGGAAUCUGAUUGAUUGAUUGCUUCUGUGGACAGGUGUCUUUUAUACAGGUAACAAACUGAGAUUAGGAGCACUCCCUUUAAGAGUGUGCUCCUAAUCUCAGCUCGUUACCUGUAUAAAAGACACCUGGGAGCCAGAAAUCUUUUUGAUUGAGAGGGGGUCAAAUACUUAUUUCCCUCAUUAAAAUGCAAAUCAAUUUAUAACAUUUCUGACAUGCGUUUUUCUGGAUUUUGUUGUUGUUAUUCUGUCUCUCACUGUUCAAAGAAACCUACCAUUAAAAUUAUAAACUGAUAAUUUCUUUGUCAGUGGGCAAACGUACAAAAUCAGCAGGGGAUCAAAUACUUUUUUCCCUCACUGUAUGUGCUCAUAAAAUGUAAUUCAAAGUCAUGAUUUCUUCGAUAUUUGAUAGUGGCACAGUUUUGUUUUGAAAGUGACCCACCAUGAAUCUCUCUGUACUAGGAUACAGUUCCCACCAGGCCAGAUCUCUCCUUUAUUUCUCUUCCAUAUGGAAACUAGAGUAGGGGAGUGAGUGAGUGAAUGAGUGAGUGAGUGAGUGAGUGGUUAUGUCUGUCUGUCUGUCUGUCUGUCUGUCUGUCUGUAUGUCUGUCUGUCUGUGUGUCUGUGUGUCUGUGUGUGUGUGUGUGUGUGUGUGUGUGUGUGUGUGUGUGUGUGUGUGUGUGUGUGUGUGUGUGUGUGUGUGUGUGUGUGUGUGUGUGUGUGUGUGUGAGUGAGUGGGUCUGUCUGUCUGGCUGUCUGUCUGUCUGGCUGGCUGUGUGAGUGAGUGCUUGCAAGUUGGCUGUCACAUCCUAUCAAUCAAAUUGCAAUCAAUCAACCAACUUUGGAGCCCUCUAUGAGCUACUGGAAGAUGCUAGAUGCAUUCAUUGCUCGUGGUUAGAUAAAAAAUAGGUCAAGGCUAAACAAAUUGCAUGGCUGUGUAGUAAAAUGUGACUGUUAAAUUAUUCACACAGAUGACUAGAGAUCGCCUAUCCUUUUCUAUUUUUAGAGCAACUGGAUUAGCCAUACCAUGCAAUCACUGUAUUAUUUGAUAUAACAUUAUUUUAUAUUAUAGCAAAGUGAUAUUGUAAUUACCCGCAUGUUACCAGUAUGAUUAUAUAGAAAUGAUUAAUAAACAUGUUGGAUAACACACCUACAGAUAGAUGUUUAUAUUAACACAUAGUUAUCCAUCUUAACUUUUUUGUUGUAUCAUUGUUGAUAAUUUGAUGUAAUGAUGUUAUGUUGUUUGAGUGAGACCGGUAAUCCAAAUGUUAUAUCGUAGUACCAAAUGUGAUACUAAAUAUAAACAUUCUUAAAUGUUUAUUCAAUGUGUAUUGGGGUGGGUUUGAAUAUGGUGGGUGUACUGAAACUCUAGCUGGAAAGAGAGACAAUUCUGCUACUAGAGAAGAUUGUAAGUGCAUGUUUUAAUCUCCUUAAGUUUCUAGCUCAUUUUAGGUUAGAUUAUUCCUGAAUGUCCUAUGGCUGUUUAUCCUUGAACACCCUGAGCCUCUCAUUAGACUCUCAUUAUUGCAAUUAGUGUGCUUUAGCUUUUAGUCUGAGAAGGUUUCAGCUGAGAGAUUCGAUUCAAACUCGAGGAGCAGUGGCUAUUUAUUGAUCUGAACAUAGUUACACAAAAUCCCUCGACAGAAAAAUAAUCAAAUCCUCACUGAUUGAAGAACAAUGCCAACUUUUGUUCGGAUUUGAGGAAGGUACUGUAUGUGUCUUCUUUGUAAAUGGCAACAUUCUGUUCCAGAAUGAUGAUUAUGGAAAAAAAUAUUCAUUGUUUAAGUCCACCAACACAGUCUUUUUGAGCAACUUUAGGUUUAGUGACAAGAAACCAAGAGAGUAGCUUUGUCUGAGACUGAGCUUCAUGACCCCACAGUAUCAGUCUGAUGUUGUCCACUGAUAUGAGCAGUCACAGGGUGCUCAACUCAGCAGAACCAUUUGUGAUUGUCCUCUAAGAAACACCUCAUCUUGUGUCUCUUUGUUUUUGUCUUUUUCUUUAUAUUUUAACUAUGUGCUGCCUCACCUCCUAGAGAGCCUAAUGGUGAGGUUCUCCGACCCAGUGAUCAUCAUUCCCAGGGUGCCGUUGGAGGAGAACCAGAACCACUGCUGGAAAGACCCGAACCACGGAGGAGCGGCGGAGUCGUGCGCUUUUCCCCG